AUGCUGUCAGAACCAUACGUGGGUUCAAGUAAAGAAGUUAAAUCUAUAUAUGGGCUCCAAGUUUAUCAAUUUCCUCAGGACCGCACUGUCAAGGCAUGCAUUAUAAUAGUUCCAAAAUUGGGUACCAAAAUGAUUGGACUCGCCCAGUAUUCAACUCCGAACAUGUGUGUGGUUCGGCUAGACGACGGGAAUCGCAAAAUAUUGCUGGUCUCCAUUUAUGUAGAACCUAAUGAGGGCGUGCAUGGUACAUUGGACAGAUUAGAACACUUUCUCAAACUACACCCUAAUGAUCACAUAGUCGUUGGAGGAGAUUUUAAUGGCUGGCAUCCUGUAUGGGGCAGUAGUAGGAAUAACAACCGCGGAGAUUUGAUUAUUGACCUGAUGAACGCCAACAAUUUGUAUCUAUGCAAUACAGGUUCCACUCCAACCUUUGAAACUGUAACUCAUGGACGAGAUCGUUCUUCCAUCAUUGAUCUCACUCUAGCGACUGGUGAUGCACAUGACUGGGUGGAGAAUUGGAGAGUUGAUGUAACUAUUUGCCCCUCAUCGCAACAUAACGCCAUAGUGUUUCAGCUGGAAAAUCAGUGUCAAUUACCUGACAACAAUUCUAGCACUUCCACUUACAGAUAUAAUAGCAAACACGCUAAUUGGGCGGCAUUUAGAGACAUCCUGCUUACAAAUAUGGCUUCUGAAGAUAUUAUCAAUACCGAUUUAAACAUCGUAAGCAUGGCGAGAUUGGAAGUAAUCAUCGAAAAAGUUACAGAGGUUAUACAGCAUGCAUGUAGUGAGUCCAUGCCCGUUAAGAGGGCAGGACAAAAGCCUAAACCUCCCUGGUGGACGGAUCGACUUGAAAAUCUGAAGGCAGAAGUGGUGAGCUUACAUCGGCAAAUACAUUCUGCCAAAAGACGAGGAGAAGCACUGGGAGCUCUCUUGGCUGAACGACAACUUAAAAAGACCGAGUACGCUGCUGAAUUAAAAAAGAAUCGACCAAAAGUUUCCGAGAUUUCUGUGAGCUGCAAAAUAAAGAAAAUGUCUGGUCACUCACCAAUCGGCUUCUUAAAGAUGCGGCGCCAAGAAAGCCGCCAACCACAAUUAAGCUGGGUAACUGCUAUACCAGAGAUCGACAAGACACAGCAGAUGCUUUAUUGA